GACUGUCAUGGAGGGGGCGGAGGGGGCGGUGGCGGCGAAGGGAGGCGUUUUGGGCCGCCUCCAGGGUCCGCUCUGCCAUUCCUGAACUGGUCCCUCAUCCCCGUGACUGUGGCAUCAGGGAAGCGAACUGUUAGGCGAGAGGAGGCAGUCAGAACCAUAUCCCCUUCUUCCCCCGGGGCGGGGGCCGGGCCGGGCCCGGCCGGCGGAGCUGGGAGGGCAGGGGGAGGGAGCGCCUGGCCAGGCUGGCCUGCCUGCCGAGAUGGAUGACAGUAAGGUGAUUGGAGGCAAAGUAAAGAAGCCUGGCAAACGUGGUCGGAAGCCAGCCAAAAUUGACUUGAAGGCAAAACUUGAGAGGAGCCGGCAGAGUGCAAGAGAAUGCCGGGCCAGAAAGAAACUGAGGUAUCAGUAUUUGGAAGAAUUGGUAUCCAGUCGGGAAAGAGCCAUAUGUGCCCUCAGAGAGGAACUGGAAAUGUACAAGCAGUGGUGCAUGGCAAUGGACCAAGGAAAAAUCCCUUCUGAAAUAAAGGCCCUACUGACUGGAGAAGAGCAGAGCAAAUCUCAGCAGAACUCAAGCAGGCACAUGAAGGCUGGGAAAACAGACGCUAACACCAAUUCCUGGUGAGCAUCAUAUAAAAUGUUGAGUCAGUGAUUGAAGUCAAUAUCCUGAUUCCUAUGAAGGAUGAAUAGACAAGAUUGUAUUUCUUGGCUUCAUUUACUACCUACUGCUCCACAGUCAUCUCUGUAAAUCUGCAGUUUCUACCAAAUGUGUGAUCCUGGAUCUCAAAGGAUUUUGCUUCAACUUUUAACACUUAGAAAAAUUUACAAACGUUCUGGUUGGUAUUGCCACCCAUGGCAUUUAAUAUGUUGCAAUGCUUGAAAACACAGGAGUAGAGAAAAAUGGGUAAAGAUUGUAUUUUUGCACCUUAACUCCACAUUGCUUUAUUGGUUAAUUUAUAUUCUUUCCAUGUAAUUGUAUGUGUAUGUGUGUUUAGGUGUCACCUCCUUUCAUGUUUUUUAUUGCCCUGCAAAGAGAAACCAAAUGGGCUGAUGACUAAGUUCUUAGCCUUAAGGACCUAAUUUUAUUUCUUUAUAUGUACUUGAGUAACGUCUAUUUUCUGCAUGAACCAAGAUUUCUCCUGUGAGCCAUUCCAGCAUAAGCUGUGAAUCUGUAUUAACCAAUAUAUACAUUUCUAUUUUUAUAAUCCAUAAUGAUAUGCCUGUUCUAAAUAAUGUACAUGUUAACAGCAUCCAUCAGGAACGCCCUCAAGACAGCCUCUGUUUAAAACUGUUGUUGCUGUCUUCUCAAACUGUAUUUAUAACAGUUUGCUAGGGCCUAGUCCAUACGGGGAGAAUAAUGAUUCAAAUUUUAUUUUUAAACCAGAAAUAACCUUUUAGGCAUUUCAGCAGCAUACAUCAUCUUGACAAUCCAGGGUGUAUACAUAUGUAUGUGUUUCUAUUGUAUGUCUCUAUGUGUAUGUGGGGAGGGCAGGAAUGAAUGUUCACACACAUUUCCUUGUGGAGUCAACUAACUUGGAAAUUUUUCCUCAAGAGAAUAGACUAAAAUUAGCUGCUGAGAUUGAGUUUCUGCCUCAAGAGAUCUGGAACAAAAUGAGGGACAAACUGCUGAUAGACCUAAUGGCUGUAGCCAUAACCAGAACACUUACUUUGUUCCUUGACAUGAGUUUCCUUAUGAAUGUGUUCUGAGCCAGAACGAAACACACUGUAGGUGUGCAUCUGGUUCAGGCCCGGCUAUGCCUCCACGCUGGAGUGAAACACUGGAGCUAGAGUUAUGCACAGCACCACACUAGGAGGUGCACAAGGGCAGAGUAGUCCUUUCCAGUUCCCAUCAAAGUGACAUUCACUUCUCCCUGACCAUCAAAUGGAGGGAUGGUAAGGAAUCCAGCUCAUACUAUGAUACACUCAAAUAGACCUAGAAAUCUUUUUUCUAAAAAAUAUAUUUCAUUGAUUUUUUACAGAGAGGAAGGGAGAGGGAUAGAGAGUUAGAAAUAUCAAUGAGAGAGAAGCAUCGAUCAGCUGCCUCCUGCACACCCCCUACUGGGGAUGAGCCCACAAUCAAGGUACAUGACCUUGACCGGAAUAGAACCUGGGACCCUUCAGUCUGCAGGCCAAUGCUCUAUCCACUGAGCCAAACCGGUUUGGGCUAGGAAUCUUUUGAUUUCCCCAUUGAGAGUCUCUCUCUUUUCUUUCCCAUAGUUAAAUCAAGAGUUGUGUGCCCUAUUGCUGCUAAAUUAUAAUUGUCCUUGGCUCUAAUGAAGCAAAUAUUUGGCUUCCAAACAAAAUAUGUUUUGUUAUGAAAUGUUCUAUGAGAAGGAACAUGAGCUAGACCACAUAGUUUCAGAUAACAAGGUACUUCCCCCACCCCCUUUCUCUUAGGCUAUGCAUUUGAAUAAAGUGCCUCCCCUUAGUUGAGUUCCUAAAGAUCUCUUGUGCGUAGGUUGCAAACUCAGAUCUCUAAUCCAGUCCUGUGCGACUACUGAUAUACCACUAGCCCAGACUGUUGGGUCUUUCUAUGUUUUGGUGGACAGGGGGGUUUAAGAGUAUUUAAUGUCUUUUUAGGAUCACAAAUAUAGAUAAAGGAUUGUUAAUAUUCAGGCUUUCAGAAUUUAAGUGUUUUAAAUAUAGUGUUCAGGUUGUAAUGGGUCUGUUUUGCCAUCUGGUCUACUCAAAUGUAUAUUUUUUAUUUUGCAAAACAACCCAAGCAGGAUGUACUUAUUCUGAGUUACUUUGUUUAGUACCUUUCGAAUUACCCAGAAGAGUUGUUUUCAAAGCAAACAUUCCAAAAUGAAUGUGGCUCUUCAAUGGAAUGUCUCCAUUGUGCUUGAAGUAUUUCUUCUCUGGUUGCAAUUUUAAAUUACAGGGUCAUUUAUCUGAGCUAUCCCCCCUUCCCCCUAGCCCCAGUACCUUUACAAGAGCAGUGACUCUGUCCUCAGGUCAGGUAGAAGAUGUAUAAUUUGGGGUUGAAAGUAAAUUACAGUUUAUUUGAGUUUAUUCCUAAACCUAUCGAUUGGGUAUUUUGGAGUAGAUCAAAACCAAGAGAAAGUUCCUGGCUUUAAAAAGGAGUAUUUUGAUUGCUUUGGGAAUUGUGCUCGCUGCACGCUUUGGCCACUUGAAGCAUGUCAAUAAAUGUCACUGAUUAAAACAGCUGGAGCAUUUCUUCCCCCAUUUCAGUUAGGGAGCAGCACACUGCCACCUAGCACCUCUCACGUACCUGUAAUGACAGGCCGAGAGGGCACAGCGGAGGGUGAGGAUCAGUGAGCUCUGUCCCUCUGGGUCAGUGCGGUUCUCCUCGCUCUCCGAGUCAGAGGGAUGUUCUCUUUUUCUUUUUUACCCACAGAAAGGAAGGUAAGGGGGGAAAUAUGUUUGUAUAUUUAGACCAGUCAUAAACUGUCAUUAAUUUAGCAUAGACCUGCCAUAUAAUAUGGUGACUGAAUAUAAUACAGAAUAAGUCUGACCAGGUCAAGUUUUAGGAUAUGGUUGAAGUUCUUAAAUUUUUUUCCUGUUUUAUCUAAAAUAUUUCUGUUGUAUUUAAAUCAGAAUCUAUCUUAUUGCAGCAAAUUCAUAUCACAAUUUACCAGCUAAUUGGCAGUAUUUAUCAGCUUCACCAUUUAGCAUUUUCUUUUCUCAUCUUUGAGUUAUGAUAGACUUGAUUUGGCUUAUUACAAAAAAGUGUAGGUUUAAACUGGACUUGCCUUUAGUUAAAAUAAAGGGAAACAUAAAUGCUAUAUUUCACAAUAAAUCAGUUGCUUAUUGUUAAUUACAUAUUUAGUUUUAUGGGAGAGGAAGAUUACUGUUAAACCACAUGGUAUUUGGGGGCAUUGAAGGGAUUAUUUCUUUCUCUGAAGAGCAUUGUACAAUUAUAUUUUUAUGAAAAAUAAAAUAUCUUCACCAGA